UUUACUGUGCUGAUUUGACACAGAUGUCUUUGUUUUUACAUGCAUUUAAAACGGCAUAAUUUACAGGACGUGUUGCAAUUUUGUAAGGUCUGGCAAAGAAGAAAGCGAGUCCCAGAAGAAAUGUUUGGAUACUCGAUAGGAGGGAGCCAAGCAGGCAGCUGAUCCGGCGCGUCUAAAAAUAAACAGCGUACACUCAGACUGCUUCUCUCUCCUUUGCACGAAAAUCAGCGAAUAGGAAUCAAUGUGAACAAAUAGCCAACGGGAUAUAUACAUAAAUAUAGCAUAUUGUUAUCGAGGCCUUCCAGAGCUGAACAGGAGCCAUGCCCCUCUCGUUCUGUGGUAACGAUAAUGCUUCAGCCUACAGUGUGGACGAUGGGGUCUUGGACAAUGGCUGUUUUGUUGAUGCUCUCAACCUGGUCCCCCAUGUCUUCCUGCUGUUCAUCACUUUCCCCAUAUUGUUCAUUGGCUGGGGGAGUCAGAGCUCUAAGGUUCAGAUCCACCACAGCACCUGGUUACACUUCCCUGGACACAACAUGAGGUGGAUCCUAACAUUUACACUUCUGUUCGUCCAUGUGUGUGAGACAGCUGAAGGGAUCGUUUCUGAUGUGUAUAUGAAAUCCUGCCACCUGCACCUUUUCCUGCCUGCAUUCGUGGGGUUCAUAGCUGCCACUACGUCUGUAGUCUACUACCACAACAUCGAAACCUCCAACUUCCCCAAGCUGCUCCUGGCCUUGUUUAUCUACUGGGUGCUGGCGUUUGUCACGAAGACCAUCAAGCUGGUGAAGUACUACGAGCACAACGUGGGGGUCCAGCACCUGAGGUUCUGCAUCACAGCCAUGCUUGUCAUUCUGUAUGCACUGCUGAUGGCAGUGGAGAUCAAUGUGAUCAGGGUCAGGAGGUAUGUCUUUUUUGCAAACCCUCAGAAAGUAAAGCCCUCAGAGGACCUGCAAGAUUUGGGCGUCAGAUUCUUGCAGCCGUUUGUAAAUUUACUGUCCAAGGCCACAUAUUGGUGGAUGAACCCACUGAUCAUCGGCGCUCACAAGAGGCCGAUCGACCUGAAGAAGAUCGGGAAACUGCCCAUUGCCAUGAGGGCUUUGACUAACUAUAUACGCCUGAAGGACGCCUACGAGGAGCAAAGGAAGAUGGUGACAGACCAGGCUGACAAGAGUCCGUCUAUCUGGAGGUCCAUGUACCGAGCGUUUGGGAGGCCCAUCCUUCUUAGCAGCACCUUCCGCUACCUGGCCGACCUGCUGGGCUUCGCUGGACCGCUCUGCAUCUACUGCAUCCUCCUGCGGCUCGACGACCGGAAAAGCCCCCAGAUGAGUGAGCAGAAGAACGUCACUACAAGUGAUUUGAUUGUCUAUUACGUGUCAUCUCAUGAGCUGCUGGAGAACACUUUCAUUCUGGCAGUCCUCCUGUUCUUGGCUCUAAUUCUGCAGAGGACAUUUUUACAGGCCUCUUAUUACGUGACCAUUGAAACAGGAAUCAACCUUCGUGGGGCCUUGCUGGCUAUGAUAUACAACAAGAUGCUGCGCCUCUCCACUUCCAACAUGUCCAUGGGCGAGAUGACCCUGGGGCAGAUCAACAACCUGGUCGCCAUAGAAACAAACCAGCUCAUGUGGUUUUUGUUCCUGUGCCCAAAUUUGUGGGCUAUGCCCGUGCAGAUCAUCAUGGGAGUUGUCCUCUUACAUUACCUACUGGGUUUCAGCGCUCUGAUUGGUGCUUGCGUGAUAGUUCUCCUAGCUCCAAUUCAGUACUUCAUAGCAACCAAGCUGGCUGAAGCACAGAAGAGCACCCUAGACUACUCCACAGACAGGCUGAAGAAGACCAAUGAGAUUCUGAAGGGCAUCAAGCUGCUGAAGCUGUAUGCCUGGGAGAACAUCUUCUGCAGUAGUGUGGAGGAGACCAGAGUGAAGGAGCUCACCAGCCUCAAAACGUUUGCGCUCUACACCUCGCUGUCCAUUUUCAUGAAUGCUGCCGUCCCUAUAGCAGCUGUGUUAGUGACUUUCAUGACCCACGCCUACACCAGUUCUACAGAGCUGAGCCCAGCUGUGGCCUUCGCAUCCCUAGCCCUGUUCCACAUCCUGGUCACGCCACUCUUCCUGCUGUCCACUGUGGUCAGGUUCACGGUCAAAGCCAUCGUCAGUGUCCAGAAGCUGGGAGAGUUUCUGUUGAGUGACGAGAUAGGCGAUGACAGCUGGAGGAAUGGAGAGACCUCGGUGUCUUUAGAGUCCUGUAAGAAACACCCCGGAGCUCACACCAAAGCCAUAAACAGGAAGCUGCCCCUGAGGUAUCAGCUGGAUAGCUUCGAGCAGCCGUCCCGAAGGCAGCCACGUCCCACAGAGACUGAAGACAUCGCGGUCAAGGUGAAUAACGGAUUCUUCUCAUGGGGAAGCAACGUGGCAACAUUAUCGGACAUAAACAUGCACAUCCCUACAGGACAGUUGACUAUGAUCGUGGGUCAGGUAGGCUGUGGAAAGUCCUCUCUUCUCCUGGCAAUGCUUGGGGAGAUGCAGACGAUUGGUGGGAAAGUGCACUGGAGCAAUAAAAACAGGAACUCUGUGGCGUAUGCUGCUCAGAAGUCUUGGCUGCUGAACGCCACAGUGGAAGAGAACAUCACUUUCGGGAAUCCUUUUAACAAGCAGAGAUACAAAGCUGUUAUAGACACAUGCUCUCUGCAACCUGACAUCGACCUGUUGCCCUAUGGAGAUCAGACGGAGAUAGGAGAAAGGGGAAUCAACCUGAGUGGAGGCCAGAGACAGAGGAUCUGUGUGGCACGGGCCCUCUAUCAGAACACAAACAUCGUGUUCCUGGAUGACCCCUUCUCUGCACUGGAUAUCCACCUGAGUGACCACCUCAUGCAGGAGGGGAUCCUCAAGUUCCUGCAAGAUGACAAGAGGACAGUGGUGCUGGUGACACACAAGCUGCAAUACCUGAUCCAUGCUGACUGGAUCAUUGCUAUGAAGGAUGGUACUUUGCUAAGAGAAGGAACGCUGAAGGAUAUCCAGAACAAUGACAUUGAGCUCUAUAAACACUGGAAGACGCUUAUGAACCGACAGGAUCAAGAAUUAGAGAAGGACACUGAUGUUGCUGACAGCCAGACAGCUCUGGAGAGGAAGAACCUCAGGAGAGCCUUGUACUCAAGAGAGGCCAAGUCGCAGAUUGACGAUGAAGACGAAGAGGAGGAGGAGGAGGAGGAUGAUGAGGACACCAUGUCGAUGAUGACCAGCCGGCGCUCAAAGAUCCCCUGGAGGGUUUGCUGGAACUACCUGACCUCAGGGGGCUUCCUGCUGCUCUUCAUGAUGAUCUUCUGCAACCUGCUCAAGCACUCCGUCAUCGUCGCCAUAGACUACUGGCUGGCCACCUGGACCUCCAGCGCACAGAACAGUUCCAUGAGCGCACACAGCAGUGUCAACGGCACGCUCACAGACACGGCUCCUUUUGAUCUCUCCUACUACACCACUGGCUUCAGUAUUCUUUGCAGCUCUGGGAUUGUACUCUGCCUCAUCGCCUCGUUGACUGUGGAAUGGAUGGGUCUGUUCGCAGCCAGAAACCUCCAUCACAAUCUUCUCAACAAAAUCAUUCUAGCACCAAUCAGAUUUUUUGACAUCACACCCCUGGGCCAAAUGCUGAACCGCUUUUCGGCUGACACCAACAUCAUUGAUCAGCACAUCCCUCCGACUCUGGAGUCCCUGACCCGCUCCACCCUGCUCUGUCUGUCAGCUAUCGGAGUCAUCGCCUUCGUCACGCCUUUCUUCCUCAUCGCCAUGCUGCCCCUGGGGAUCGCCUUCUACUUCAUACAGAAGUACUUCAGGGUUGCGUCCAAGGACCUGCAGGACCUGGACGAUUCCACCCAGCUGCCACUGCUCUGCCACUUCUCCGAAACCGCUGAGGGCCUCACCACCAUCCGCGCAUUCAGACACGAGGCCCGUUUCAAGCAGCGCAUGCUGGAGCUGAUUGACACAAACAACGUCGCCUACUUGUUUCUCUCUGCUGCCAACCGGUGGCUGGAGGUCAGAACGGAUUAUCUCGGUGCUGUGAUUGUACUCACGGCUGCUGUCACAUCAAUAUGUACUUCUGAGAACGGACUUCAAUCAGGACUGGUGGGACUGGGACUCACCUACGCUCUUACAGUGACUAAUUACCUGAACUGGUUGGUGAGGAGCCUGGCAGAUCUGGAGGUGCAGAUGGGAGCAGUGAAGAAAGUCAGUGGCUUCCUGAGCACGGAAUCAGAGAACUACGAGGGCGAUCUCUCUCAAGUUCCAGAGGACUGGCCUCAGCAAGGGGAGAUCAAGAUCCAGAACCUGUCUGUGCGAUACGACUCCGUUCUGAAACCAGUGCUGAAGCAUGUAAACGCAUACAUCAACCCUGGACAAAAGGUUGGAAUCUGUGGCCGCACAGGUAGUGGAAAAUCCUCUCUCUCCCUGGCCUUUUUUAGAAUGGUGGACAUGUUUCAAGGGAAGAUUAUCAUCGAUGGAAUAGACAUCAGCAAACUGCCUCUGCCCACCCUACGGUCCAGACUGUCCAUUAUCCUGCAGGACCCUGUGCUGUUCAGCGGCUCCAUUCGGUUUAACUUGGACCCGGAGCGCACGUGCACAGAUGACAGACUCUGGGAGGCCCUGGAGAUUGCCCAGCUGAAGAACAUGGUCAAGUCACUGCCGGGCGGGCUAGACGCGGUGGUGACGGAGGGAGGGGAGAACUUCAGCGUGGGGCAGAGGCAGCUCUUCUGUCUGGCCAGGGCCUUUGUGCGCAAGAGCAGCAUCCUCAUCAUGGAUGAGGCCACGGCUUCCAUAGACAUGGCCACGGAGCACAUUUUGCAGAAGGUAGUGAUGACGGCCUUUGCAGAUCGCACUGUUGUUACCAUUGCUCACCGGGUGUCCUCCAUCCUGGAAGCUGAGCAGGUUUUAGUGUUUUGCGAGGGUAUUUUAGUGGAGUGUGACUCAGCGUCCAGCCUGCUGUCCCAGGAUGAUAGCCUCUUCACCCUUCUGGUGAAGACGCACAAGUAGACCAGCCCUUGUGUCUCCCGGAGGACUUCCUGCUCUCUGCACUGCGUGCACACUAUCCUGACGGCAGACCAGGUCAUCGUGAUGAAGCGAGGCAAUAUCCUGGAGUACGAUAACUCUCCUGGCACACGAGGACAGCGUCUUCGCCUCUUUUGUCAGGGCUGAUAUGUAACUCUUCACUGGCCUCCCACACAGUGCAUGAAGCGAGCCUCGCCUUUUAAAGAGCAUGGCCGUUCUGGGUGACAGUUACCACACAAAGGGGCAGAUUCUCAAAAGCUACUGUAUUUACUGCAAAUCGUCAGGCACGCCUUUUUGUGUUUUCCUGAAAGGUGUUUCAGAAAAAAAAUGAUUUGGAGUAAAUCACUUUAAGAAUCCAGUCCAAAAUCUUUAGAUAACUUUGUUUUUUUUUAUUAUAAAAAACCAAUACCUUUAAUACAGUAUAUACUUUUAUAAUUCACAAGCAAUAAAAAUAACAACACGUUUGCCAGUUAUAAUUCCGAAUGUUUUUUCCUUGUAUUGAUGAUACUCGUGUUAUAAUCUGUACAUGUACAUAUAACUGAAAUGUCCCACAAGCACAUUUUGUAUACUCUGUUUAUCUGACAUAACUAACAAAAAGUUUGAUACAAGUUUGGCAUUUUUGUCAGGGUUAGUAUGGCUUUUUUUUAUAAGAGUUAAUCUGGCAUUUUUGUUGUGUGUUGACAUGUAAUUUUAUAAAAAUGUCUUCUUCAUUUUGAAGUAUGUCAGUAGCUUGACACAAAAAAACAAAAACAAAAGUGUCAAACUGUGUCUUCUGAAUCUCCAGAUCCCUUUCAGUGUUUUGUUGCUCACUGUAUGAUGCAUUGCGUCGGGUCGUCCUGACCUGCAAUAGCCAAGGAACGUGACCAUCGGCUCGAGAUUACUGUAUGGCCUGGAUAUCUGGGGCAGUGAUGGAUCUGAAUCCAAACAAAUACCGGCCCACAGUCACUUCUUUAGUUUCUGUAAAAAUGAAUCAGGGAAUUUUGGUCUCAGUUUUGAGAUCUCUAACACGUUUAGACAAUAGAAAUUAAAAUGCCUAUUGUAUUGAUUUCUUCAACAUCGUCGGAUGCAGACACCACCUGGCUGUCAGAAUUAUGGACACAGCGACUUUGCAAUAACACCACGAGUGGAAGCAACAAUAGUGCCACACAGUGUGUUGUUAUUUUACUGGACUACAUGACAUCCAAUGCUGUUAAAAAUGCUUUAGUGGCUGCAGCUAUGGAAAGCAAGUGUUAAGAAGUAUUUAAAUCAGCAGGUAUUAAAUAAACACAUUCAUUAAUAAUUUCAAAACAAGAAAAGCUGUCCUUCCCUCACCUUUACAGUCGAGUACCUAUCAAUGGCAGUCAGCUCAGAUAUUGAGUGUUGUAAAUGUCGAUUGGAAGCACGUUGCACUCUCAUUCGGGGGCUCGCGUUUUUAGUGCCGUACCGAGUAGUACGCUGACAAUGUAAAGAUGUGCAUGUAUGAGUGUGAGUAUCAGCACACCACUAUGCAAAAGGGGCACUUCAGAACCAAAUCAAAGUUGUUACAAUGUUACCAAGGAGUGGUUGUCAUUUUGCCAAUUUUGUGAUGCUUUUAUAAUACUUCUUUUGUCUUAAAUGUACAUAUGCAGUUACCGUUUUUGACAUGUUGGGUUUUAAAGACAUUAAGAAAAAACCACGUGCCUACUUUUUUACACAAAACAAAAUGUCAUGUGUUUUGCAUGAUAUUUAGUGUGCGAUUUUAUUUAUUGUGGCUGUUUGAACAGAUUUACUGCCAUUCUUAAUUCAAUGUAGCUAAAUGUUUUCUGCAUGAAAAUGGAACAUUUUAUAAAAAGAAAAAAUGUGUCACUAUAUGAUCUGAUAUCAGACGAGCACUACCUUACCGUAUAAUGGACUGGAUUCCCAAAGCUAUUUAUUCCUAAUGGCUGUUAGAAUGGUUUCUUCAAAAAGGAAAAACACAGCCUGCAAAAUUACCCAACCAGAAAUAAACAAUUUCAGUUUGGGUCCUGUUGUUUAAUGUUUAAAAAAACUAUUGCCGAACACUUAAGACAGCAUGCAGCACACAUUACCAGAUAUGGGUAUGAGUGAACCAUGAAAUAUGCUUCCUUGAAUACUAGUCAGAGAAAAAAAGAAUCACUCCACUGUGUCAUGUGGGAUGAAUAGUAACAUCAGGGCUAAUGAAGACUAAUUACACUGUGUUAAUAAUUAAGUGUCUCUGGGGAAGUAGCCAGUGUAAUUAACUAAUGUUCUGAAACGUGUUCUCCACUAUCCCUGCAAGAAGAACUCUAUUAAUAGUAAACUUACUGACUCCGCUAAGAGACGUGAUGCACACUGCCUCAUGAACGUGUGAUCAAUGCUCAUCCCCAUUCACCUCACUCAUGGUUUCAAUGUUAUUGUGUCUUAUUUAGUAGGUGUGAUUAGGGUACUGUUCGUGGUGUGAUACAGGGGGGCUGGUUGUUCAGAUUGGACAUGCUGCACGUGAAUACUGAUAGACAGCAAUUUUUCUUUCUUUUUUUGUGCAAUUUAUUUUAAAGUGGAGCCUUUGCCAGCUAAAAUAAGCAGGGCAAUUGUGAUGCUCCAUGCAACAACUUAACUGGUUGUACUCCACUUGAAGAAUGAGGUGUAUUGCACAAGCUGUCAUCAAAGUUGUGAACUUUUCCAAUAAAGCGCAAUUAAAAAAAAUAACCAUUAAAAAAACAAGAAAUACAGCAUUACACAUUGUAAUUAGGAAUUCACUGUGUAAUUAAGGACUGUGUAU